CGCAAGGAAGGGGGAGAGAGAGAGGAAACCGGCGGAGGCGCCUUUGCGCGCUCGGACGCAACGGAUCCAGAAGCGCCGGGCAGGCGGAGCGACCGGUCGCGCCCGCGUCGGCAGCGCUGGGGCGGAGGAGAGGAAAGGCGGAAUUCUCCGCGGUCUGAUCCUGAUCCUGCCCGGUUGAGCAAAGAGGGCACCUCUAAGGGAGCGGACGCCGGGAAGCCAGCCCGGCUGGCUCGUCCGCCCGCGCGGCUAUUGCGGAGUUUGGCACAAGCGCGCCGGGUCUUCCUCGGGAGAAGAGGAGCAGCGCGGGCGCGCAAACCUCCGAGAAGGGCGCCGAGGGACCUUGGAGAUUUUCCCUUCCAUCUCAAGAGGAUCUUAGGGCCAUAAUUCGGGGGCAUAAUUCAUGCUGCCUAGAGAUCCUUGCUCACCAUGAGAGAUGCCUUUCUCUCCCGAUGGACUGCAAAGCUAAUUCACCUCCUCUGGGUGAACCUCAGCUUCAUGGAGACCUGCUGUGCGAAGGUGCUGGAAAAGACAUUUGAACUAUGGAUGUUAUAUAAGGAUGAGUGCUUCAGGAAAAUGGCGAAUGACCCUUAUCCCACAGAGCUCUUCUGCAACCGGACGUUUGACAUGUACGCGUGCUGGCCGGACGGAAGCCCUGGAACCAUCGUCAAUGUCUCCUGCCCUUUCUACCUCCCCUGGUAUGAACAAGUGAAACAUGGCAUGGUGAGCCGCAAGUGCGGGCUGGACGGGCACUGGGUGCUGCUGAAUGGGACGGAGGCCUGGAGGGACCAUUCCCAGUGCAAGGAAGAAAUGAGAACGUUUGUGGAACAGGAUGGGGUGCAUCGGCUGCUGCUCAGCUUUCGAAUCCUCUACACUGUGGGCUAUUCCCUCUCGCUGCUGUCGCUGGUCUUGGCAUUGCUGAUCCUCGCCAUCUUCAGGAAGCUUCGCUGCACCCGGAAUUACAUCCACGCAAACCUCUUCGCUUCCUUUGGGCUACGGGCCCUGUCCGUCAUCGUGAAAGAUGCGCUGCUAGAGAAGAUGUGGAGCAAAGAGAACGUGGUGGUGUCUGAAUGGGAGGCCUUCGUCCAGCACGAGGCUACAAUUGGUUGCCGAAUAGCACAAGUAUUGAUGCACUACUGUAUUCUAGCCAACCACUACUGGUUUCUGGUCGAGGCGGUUUACCUAUACAAGCUUCUGAUUGGAGCUGUGUUCUCAGAAAAGAAUUACUACACCCUUUACCUCUACCUUGGCUGGGGAACGCCCGUGGCCUUCGUGGUGCCGUGGAUGACUGCUAAGUACUUGAAGGAGAACAUAGAGUGCUGGGCAGAGAAUAAUAACAUGGCUUACUGGUGGAUUAUCCGCAUCCCUAUUUUGCUAGCGUCUGUGAUCAACCUCUUAAUCUUCAUGCAGAUCCUCAAGGUGAUCCUGGCUAAACUGAGAGCCAAUCAGAAAGUUUACGCAGACUACAAGCUGCGAUUAGCCAGAGCCACGCUUACUCUUAUCCCUCUCUUUGGGAUCCAUGAAGUCGUCUUCAUCUUCGCAACAGAUGAGCAAACCACCGGAGUUUUGCGCUACAUCAAAAUGUUCUUGAUGCUUUUCAUUAGUUCUUUCCAGGGAUUCCUGGUCGCUGUACUCUACUGCUUUGCAAAUAAGGAGGUAAAAUAUGAAAUGAGAAAGAAAUGGCAGCUGUGGAAACUAGACCAUCCAGCACUCUGCUGCACCCAGUGAGAAGGUGAAGGAGAAAUGCCACAAACUAGGGCAAGAACCAUCCACUUGGGCAGCCUCUGAAUCACCAACUGAUUGCGUAUCCCACAAUGGACCUCUUCUAGAAUUUGAGGCAGGCCUUGGCGUGACAGUCACAACAAUGGAUACUGCUCUAGCUCAAGGUUGUCGUUGUGAGAAACGCAGCGGUGGCUAUUGUCUGUUGUGUGAUCAGGAAAAUCCAGCUUACUGGUCAGGAGCAACAGAAAAGCAGAGGGCACUGCUGAUGGCCGAGGCGAAGAGACGGCCAGAAUCGGUGGGAUUUGCUGCUGACGAGAUUGCGAAGCUCUGCAGAGAGGGGUGGGGAGAUGUUACCUACGGAUCCGGCUUUGGAAGGAUAGGACUGGACUAUCAUCCAUAAUAGGAAGUCAGGGUUCUUAAAAACAUCUUCUGUGCUCUGGCCCCAUCAGAGUGCAGCUCCUGUCGACCCCCACACCUCUAAAAAGGACUACUACAACUUGUUUCUUUCACAGGCAGCUAUAGAGAAGUUCCUUUGGUAUUUGCUGGAACAUCUGGAUUUCUCCAGUUUCCAAGCAGAUCAGAUACUGGAAGAAGAGCACUGUUUCACUUUCCGUACACAACAGUUAUUCCCAAUUUGGGCUAAAGGGCACACUGUGGAGGCAGGGCUGAAUUGUGCCUUACAGAGCCACUAUAGUAUAGGCAGCUCCCAUUUCUGAUACUGCAUUUCUACGCAUCUUUCUCUAUUUUAACAUAGAAGGACUACCAUCACUCUGAGAGAGUACACACUCCAUAAUCGAACCAACGGCACUGUCUGCCAUAUGAAAGUCCAGGUAAAAGGGAGUGAGGAGAUGUCAAAAAUUAACAUUAUCUUGGGCUUGUGAGAUAAUUGCUAGAAAACUCUGACAAGGAAGAUUCUGAUGAAUGUCAGGCAGCUUUUUCGCUUUUGUAUGCGGGGGAAACGGCUGCAGGGAUCCGAGAGCUGCAGAACGCUCCACCACGUGAACACAACCUACAACUGGAUCGUUAUUUUGGACAUAACUCUGCAAGAGGAAUCUGGUGCUCACAUAACAGAAGCUUCAAUUGCACAAGUGUGUGUUUUU